UUUCCUCUAAACUAUGCCCUUGCCUGCACACCUAGCAGCCGAUCAAUUUCCCAAUGACAUCCCUAAAUCCCCGCGAACCUUACUCCCAGGAAGAGCUCGAGAAGCUCUAUCCGCGGGACUUAAAGCUUCAAUUGGUCCAGGUGUUUCUCCGUCAUGGUGAACGGACGCCGGUGUCCUCUCGAUUUCAAAAUGCAGGCCUAGCUGAAUACUGGCCGUACUGCAAUGUUGCACGUCGGAUGAUUCAGAUGGCCGCUAGUGAUAAGGAUCUCUCACAAUGGAAGGGCUUCGAAUGGCGGAAAAAGACGGAGGCAUUUGGUGAUAGAGAUGAGGCGGUGGUUGCCGUGGGCGCUACAGGGGAUAUCGAGGGCAUCUGGCAACACGGCGAAUUAACAGACAGGGGACGGCAAACAACCUUUGCCCUCGGUCAGCGCCUGAGACAUCUCUACGUCGAUCAGCUUGGGUUCAUGCCCAAGGUCAAAUCUGACACCGAGGACAUGUACCUCCGAGCCACGCCCAUCCCACGAGCCCUCGAGUCUUUGCAACAGGCUUUCUGGGGCAUGUACCCAGCCAGUGCCCGUACCCAAGAUUUCCCUCCCCCGGUGAUUGUGGCGCGCUCAGUGUCUGAGGAAACGCUAUUCCCGAACGAAGGCAAUUGCCGUCGGUUUAGACAACUCGCAAGAUUAUUUGCUGAUAAGGCCGCUGUACGGUGGAACGACUCCGAACAAAUGGGCUACAUCAACAGCGUCCUAUCCAAGUGGAUGCCAGAGAACUCUCCCAAGGUUGCCGUCGACUCCCACCCCCGUCUCUCCGGAAUCAACGACACCGUCAACGCAACCGAUGCCCACGGUCCCGCAACUCGUCUCCCCUCUGAAUUCUACGACAAAAAAUCCCGACAAUACAUGGAACAAAUCGCCGUCGACGAAUGGUUUACCGGGUACGAUGAAAGCGCCGAAUACCGACGACUCGGAAUCGGAGCCCUAUUAGGCGACGUAGUCGACCGCAUGGUCAGCACAGCCGUCGACGGCGCCUGGCGCAGCGAAACCUCAGCCUCCGGAUCGUCCCCUGAAGCCGGCAAGGCGAUCAAAUUCGCGAUGAGCGGAUGCCACGAUACCACUCUCGCCGCGAUCCUGCACAGUCUGGGCGCCCCCGACGGCAAAUGGCCACCGUUCACCUCCUCUAUUGCCAUCGAGCUCUUCUCGAAGGCGGACCGCAAAUCCAGCGGUGAAAACGUCGGCGUCGUCCUUGAGGAAUUCUCCGAUCCUGCCAUCGCCCCGAAGAAGACCGGCGGCCUUUUCUCGUUCCUGAAUGGCCCCUCGAAGUCGAACGCUUCGACUGUCCCGCCCCCUCCCUCCGAAACAGCCCGUGCCCCCCUCUCGUCCUUCCCGGAUUCUGCAAGACAGUCUAUGCAGAAACACUAUGUUCGUCUCCGCUACAAUGACGUCCCAGUCCGGAUCCCUGGUUGCGCUAAGCCGCAGAACCAUCUUCCUGGAGACGACACUUUCUGCACAUUAGACGCUUUCAAGGACAUCGUUGAUAAGUUCACCCCUAAGAACUGGAGGGAAGAGUGUGUACAGAAUCUCGGACAGGGCCUGUAUGGUAAGGAUGACAAGGAGAAGAUCGUUUCUGGGUUCUAAGUCAAUAGACAUCUAUAUGCAUACCCAUGUACAUGCCAUUCAAUGUCUACGGUCAACAUAUUUAUUCUAGCUGUCUUACUUCGGUUUUUGGGAUGGAGAAAUGAGAGACCGGCAGAAUUUACUCUUUCGAUUUCAAAUAUAUAACGAACGCCUUGGAUGCUU